AUGGCCGGCCACGAGCAACUUGAGGUCCACAGCAAGUCGUACAUUGUACGCUGGCUCAAGGUUGAGGACGGCCAGAGCAUCGCGUGGACCGUUCAACCGCAUAAGAAGUCAAUCAACUUCGGCAUCGUCAAACAUCCCGGCACCGGCGCCACGAACAUUGUCCCAAGCCAGUCGGACGACCCCGCAACCCCCUCGGGCGUGACUUCGGGCGUCAACGACGCAAAACCAGCCCGUUUCGCCAAGAAAGAUACGAUCACCGCCCAAGACCAGCUCGCCAGCAAGGGGUUCAUUCCCAUCGAGUGGCAGGGGCGAUGCGAGGCCGAAACCCAAACGACGGGCACGCACGACGUUCUGAAGGGCCAGGCCGGCAUGUACGGCCUGGUGUUUGACAAUACCUUUUCAAAGCAGACCUCCAAGACCGUCACCCUCUCCCUCCGCACAUACCCCAUCGGCUCGCCGCCCCCGACGGCGCAAAAUGUCCCGAAUCUUUCCCUCGGCAACCCUGCAAAGAGUGGCAGCAAGACAAGCUUGGGCAAGCACGGCAGUCCUCACAUGAACGCUGUGGCCUCAGACUCCCAGGACAGUCUUCAUAGCCAUGUGCUGGGUGGUAGACCUACGUCAGUGUCGGGCCGAAGUGACGGCGCGGCCAACUAUCACGUUGGGAACUUGCUCAAGAGGAGGAGAAAGAAAGGACAGGGCUACGCACGUCGCUUUUUCUCGCUCGACUACUCGUCGUGUACGCUAUCGUACUUUUACAACCGCAACUCCUCGGCACUGCGGGGCGCCAUCCCGUUGAGCCUCGCAGCCAUAGCUGCAGACGAGAGGCGCCGGGAGAUCAACAUUGAUUCGGGCGCUGAGAUCUGGCAUCUCAAAGCCUCCAAUGUCAAAGAGUUUGGCGAGUGGGCACGCGCCCUUGAAAAAGCAGUUCGCAUCGCUCGAGGUUUUGAACCGGCAGAGGGACAAACAUCAAAGGAGAGGGGCACCACCACGCCUCUGCGCAUUGCCACUGGACUCUCGAGGACAGCGACUCACAACCCCCUCGAGGAUCGGGAGUGGGAGCAGGUCGAGUCCUUGGUCAGCCGGACUGUGGGCACCAGAGAUGCGCUGCGCCGCCUUGUCAAGGACAUGUCUAAUACGCCACGGCCCGCUCACAGCAGCGGCAGCCAGUAUUUAUCACCCGGCGGUAGCUCAGUGCAUAGUGAGGAAAGGGAGGGCUAUUUCCCCUCUGAAAACCAGAAGAGGCCCUUCUGGAAGCGCAAGUCCAGCAUCGUCAGCCCACAAUCUUUCCAACCCAUGAUAUCGUCAUCCUUGGCGGUUCCGUCGCCGGGCUCUGCGAACCCCCGCCAGUCAACAAACGGAUCUAGUCAUGCGAGGAAGAAAUCGAGGGGUGUUGCGCAGGAGGAGAAGAGCAUGCAAGAUCACUGCGGUGCAUUGCUGAACGAUUUGGACUCGGUUGUGGCUGAAUUUACGUUAUUGAUCGCAAACAGCAAACGCCGGCGUUUGCCGGCGCCUCUCUCAGCUGCAGCCUCAAGGUUGAGCAUGGACACUACCUCAACCGAUGAGUUCUUUGAUGCUGAAGUGGGCGAGACUGGCUCUCAGAUUGUCCGCAUCGACAGGAGUGAGGAAGACGAUGCUGUGGAGUCUGAUGCCGACGAGGCCGAGCUGCACGACUCGUCGUCAGCAGCCUCAACCAUCGCUGACGAGGACACGGGCGGCUUAGAUGAGGAGAGUUGCUAUCCCUCCAAACCGAAAAGCCUCACCCCUCUUCCGGUAGACAUAUCGGUCGAGAGGCGCUCGAAGAUCCCGCCAGGCCUGGUUCAGCCCCCGAGUCUCAUAGGCAUCGUACGGAAGAACGUCGGCAAAGAUCUUAGCAACAUUAGUGCACCCGUCUCGGCAAACGAGCCGACCUCGAUGCUUCAGAGGAUUGCUGAGCAGCUCGAGUACUCGCAGCUUCUUGACGCGGCAGUGCAGCAGAAAACGGCCAAGGACCGCUUGCUGUACGUGACUGCGUUUGCAGUAUCGCAAAUCAGCAUCAACCGAUCGAAGGAGCGUGCUAUCCGAAAGCCGUUCAACCCUCUACUAGGCGAGACGUACGAGCUUCUACGCACCGAGCAAGAGGUGCCGGGCGGUUUCCGCCUCAUUGCGGAGAAGGUCAGUCACCGGCCCGUCAGGUUGGCGAUGCAAGCCGAUUCCUCCAACUGGUCUUUUAGCCAGUCACCAGCGCCUUCACAAAAGUUUUGGGGCAAGAGCGCAGAAAUCAUCACGGAGGGUCGCGUGCGAAUUGCGCUGCGGUUGAUGGACGGUACGGACGAACUUUAUUCGUGGACGCACGCAGCCAUGUUCCUACGUAACGUUGUUAUGGGCGAAAAGUAUGUCGAGCCCGUGGGCACGAUGCAUGUCAACAACGACACUACGGGGGCCAAGGCAGUAGUCGAGUUUCGCAGCAAGGGCGGCAUGUUCGGCGGCCGCGGUGAGGACGUAGUUGUCGAGACUUAUACCUCGGACGGCAGCAACUCGGGAAGUGGGUUGAUUGGUACUUGGAUAACCGGACUCCGUCGAACAGAAAACGGCAAGGCUGUGGGAGACGAUGUUUGGAAGGUUGGCAAGUUGGUGGACAAUGCCGCCACAACGUAUGGUCUGACCCAGUUUGCCGCGCAACUCAAUGAGAUGACGGAAAUCGAGAAGGGUCGACUGCCGCCGACGGACAGUCGGCUACGGCCCGAUCAGAGGCAGGCAGAGCUGGGCGACCUCGACGCGGCGGAGGAGACCAAAGUGGUGCUGGAAGAGGAGCAACGUGCGCGGCGGAAGGACCUCGAGGAACGGGGCGAAGAACACAAGCCGAAGUGGUUCGUCAAGCUGGGCAAUGGACCAGAGGGCGAGGAGGUCUGGAAGAUCAAAACGGGCAAGGAUUCAUACUGGGAGGAACGCACACGAGGUACGUGGAACGGAGUGACAAACAUCUUCGCGGUGUAG